CAAAGUUGCGUUCCGUGGCGUUCGGAAAAGAUCGUCGAGAGUCGAAAGCAAAAUCAGCAUGGUGCUGGUGACGACGCCAGUCAGUCAGUCACUCGGUGCUCGGCGACGGUAGAGUUGAUUUGUACGCGCGUUGGCUGGUGAUGCGAUCGGCUACCGACGCGUUAUUCGUUUCAUGGAGCGACAAUUCGCUGGACUUUUGUUUUUAGUGUUCCUGUUUUUAAAAGUGAUCUGUUUUCUGUGAUAUUAGUUUUAUUGUUUUUGGUUGUCCGUUAUGUCAUUGAUUCAGACUGAGCUUCCAAAUUGGGCAUGGCAUUCGCCUGCAAUGUUAGGCUGUAGCACAGUAUGCCCGAAAUGCAAGCACGAAUUCGCGUGCUGUCCGGCGUCCACAGGCGGCGCGCAACAAUGCUCCGGGGGUUCCCGACGCUCGCUCCACGUGUUGAGCGGAGGCGGGCUCGUCGCCGCCCUCGCUCCUCCUACAAGCCCUGGCCCAUCGCCCCAGGUGUCUCCAAGCACCCCGUUGAGUUUCGUGUUGCCUCCAUUAGCACCGUUACAGCCUCUGCCGGUCCUAGAAGCCAAGCCCGAAACAGAACUGCAGCACCUUGCCGAUACCGUUCGGGCUCUUCGCCAGUCCGGCUGGUAUUACGAAGGCAUCACUUUUCAGGAGUCGCAUGAAUUUCUAAAAUACACCCAGGUCGGUACAUUCUUAAUAAGGAACUCCUCGGAUCCCAGAUUCUUGUUUUCGUUGAGCGUGCAGACAGAACGCGGGCCGACUUCAGUGAGACUGCACUACAUCAACGGUUACUUCCGGCUCGACGCGCAAACUCAUCUCCAAGCUGUCAUGCCGGUCUUUCCGAGCGUUAUAGAUUUAAUACAGCAUUACGUCCGACAAGUUCGGGUCGUUAAAGAUAACAUGCAGGUGUGGGUAGACGCUCAUGGUAAAUGGUACUCAUCAAUCCACCUGGACAGGCCUCUAAGGAAACGGGACGAACCCUCUAGUUUAAAACACCUGGCCAGGUUAUCCAUACACAAAACAAUCCAAUCGACGGGCAGACCUAGGAUACCCAAGUUACCCGCGCCCCACACUCAACUAGAGCUGCCCACUUCGUUAAUAACAUAUUUGUCAGAGUAUCCACACUCCAUCUAAUGUAGGGGCAUGAAGAGACUGGGUAGUCGGUACCUUUACAUACCGGCGAAUCAGGGAACACCAUUAAAGUAUUCUAGUUCGAAUCGGAUGUGCGGAUAAAAGGACACAAACGAUUAGGUUUUUUAGGUAGGAUAACAAAUUAUCAGUGUGUUUAUGUAUAUCGAUUAAAGUUAGUGUGCGAACAAUUAUUUGUGAAUCAAAUGGAUGGCAGCCCCAACCGGGAAAUGUAGGUAAUUAUUUAUGUUAAUAUUUAUUUAUUUUUCUUUUGUUGAUAUUUAUUCGAUUAUAUAGAUUUUUAUCGGCAAUGUUGACGUCGAGAUGGGUCAAAAACUAAAGCUGUUAAAAAAACAAUCGUCAAAUAAAUCAGGUAACAUCCAGAACCGAAAAUUUUGACAUUAUUUUGAGACUAGGCGAAACUUGAAUUACUUUGGAAAUUAAAACCCAUUUGCAAUAACAUUUUGAAGUAUUUUCUUAAGUGAAUUCGAGCGAGAUCUAUUUAUUUUAGACAUAAUAACAAACGGACCUUAAAGUUAUCAUUUCCCCUCAGACACAUUGUUUUUUGCUCCCACACUUUCCUAAAGAAGGGAAUACUUUUCCGCGCAUUGCCUAAAUUUUACACACUAACCUGCGCUUUCAGCCGCAUACUUUCUAAGCAGCGAUCUUUACACAUUUCACUCGUUUUUUUACUGAAAUUUUAAUGGGGCAAAAUGUGGCCGCAUCCGAGAGGUAAACUGUCGAAGUGAUUAACCAUCAGCUGCCAAGUUGAUUGUAAAGCGUAGCAAGAUCUUAUUGGUUCGUUUAAAAACUCGGUUCUUAUUGGUUGAAAACGAAAUUGGAAAUGACCUGUGCAUAUUGAAUGACCCAAUUUGCUGACUUUAAAAGUCCUGUAUUAUUAGCAUAGGCAACACUCCAUCUAGAGUUAUAUGUAUUUCCUUAUAAAGUUUCGUUUUAUAGAAAAUAAUACAAAAUUUUGUUGGACAGUGCCUUAACUUUUGUUUCAUAAAUUUCUCCCGUACCGUCAGAAAAUUGGCGUUAUAAGUUAAAUAAAUAAAUUAAAAAAAAAUGGACCGUUCUGGAAAACGUUUGAUUCACACAUAAUUUAUUUCCAACCUAAGCGAACGCAGUGUAAGCCAUAUUGGCUGGAAAACUAUUUCCUUUAAAGUGCGUAUUUUUGUAACUUAAUUUAAGAACGCAAAUUGCUGACGAGAAAUAGUUAUUGCUACCUUUAAGUCACUACGUCCUCGGAUCAACCAAAUCUAAACGCAACUAAAUGAUAUGGCGGCCUGCGAUGCACCGUCCAAUCAAAAUCAUCUACCACAUCCAUCUUUAGAUGCCAGAACACAGAUUGUUCGGUUGAUGUGGGGCCACCUACCAUCUAUUGUAAUCAUAAUACACCAAUCUGUCUAUUGUUUAGAGUGGAUGUAUUUUAUUUCGGACAGCUAGAUCAAACGCCCUAAUUAUAACAAACUUAAGUAGGAUUUUGAUGUGAUAAAGACAAAUUUUAAAAUUAAGAAAUCGCUUGUAUUAUCUGCUCUUUCGCCAUUGAUAAACAAUCAUCUCUUAUAAACAAGCUAUUAAUAUAUGUAUCUUUUCAGAAAGCAUAACAUGUCUAGCGCCCUAUUUCAUAAGCGAUUCUUUUAAUAAAUGUUAAAUGGAUAAUGAACCACCCAUCAUUUCUUUCAAAUAAGAAACAAUUCAUUUCAGUUUUUUUUUCUGCUGAUCCCACGGUUUAAUAUUAAUGCAACUCAGUUAAAAUUUGCAUUUGUUUUCACUUUUUUGAAUUUUGUUUUUUAAAAAAAUUGUUUUCAACAAAAUAUUCUAAAACUGUGACAAAAUUGUAGUCAUGGGUUGUGGAGGUUUGCUAACAGUAAAAUAUCAAUUGACUUUACCUUCCUGAAAUAAAGUCCCUGUUGGGUGGGUGAUCCAGUAUUCCAGGUAGGGUCCUACCAUAUGACAAUUUGCCUUUCUGAAUAAAUGUGUGGAAUUGAACUGUGUGAACCAAAUUCAAUAUAGAGAAAUUGUCAGCAAUAAAAUUGUUUCACUAAAUGUUUUAAAUAUUUUCUAUUAUAAAAUGAAAAUGACACUCUAGUCUGAUUUUUUUUUUAUAAAGGUACCGAUCCUGUGUAUGUAUAAGAUUCUUAUUUAUUUUUUACGUAUACGAUGAUGUUGACGAACGGAAUUACAUCAAUAUUUAAACAAUUGUAAUCUUGAAUGUCUAUUUAUAUUUAGUUAAGUGUACCCAACAUGCGAGGGCAAAAAAAAGUGAGCAUCCCAAAUGCCUGUUUAGAUAAUGUAUUUAUUUCUUUUAGCAAAUAUUAAAUUAUUUAUUAUUUUGAGAA